AUCCACUUGUUGACCAAGCGGCGGUAUGCUUAACUGCAAUAGACAAGCCGGAGUAGCCGGCCCCAAACACAAUUUACAAAUUACAAUCCUAAAACCCUAAAUCCUAAAAUACCCAAUUACUACUAUUUCAUUUCUAACUUCUAUCCAAUCCCUAUCUAUAGCUUUUAUCCAAUCAUUCCAACAUUUGACAAUGGCAUUUACUCACAAUCUUCGUGGGAUUUUCAGUGGAUCUUCUUCUGCGUUCCCUGUUCUACAGUCGCAGCUCUCUUCUAUUCGCCUCAAUUCAACUCUCACUUCUCCCAAGCUCUUCAUCAGCGGUCUUUCAAAGUGGACUACAGAUGAAAAGCUCAUAGAAGCAUUUGCUCCCUUCGGACAACUAGUUGAAGCCAAAGUCAUUGUAGAUAGACCGACAGGGAUAUCGAAAGGAUUUGGUUUUGUAGCAUAUGCUACUAUAGAACAAGCCCAGAUGGCUCGUGAACAAAUGAACGCCAAGUUCUUGGAUGGUUGGGUUAUCUUUGUUGAUCCUGCCAAAGCCAGGGAGCCUAGAUCGCCCCCUCGAUUUGAGUCACAACCUCAACAAACUGGCUUUUCUGUUAACAAGACUGUUGGAUGGAGCAGGCAAUAGAAGUCUAAUCAGAAUCGAAAUGAAUAUAAUUUACAAUAUACUUCAUAUUACUAGGGCACUAAUGCAUUAUUGGGGUCGAAACGCCAAAAUAUUGAUUGGUGAUUCAUUUGAAGCGUACAAUCAUGACAUUUGUUUUGGUUAGUUUAUAUCCUAUGGCGAUUGACUGUUGAUAAAUUUUCCGUCUUUAACUUGUAAAAGAUGUGCUUGGAUGUUCGGUUGAAACUUCCCUCAUCAAAAAUUGAGGUAAAUUGGAGCAAAUUUAACUAUAAUUGUAUACUUCGGCUACUUUUUGAUUGUUAUCUUAAUAAAUCUUUGGUGUU